GAAGGUAUAGCCAAUCAACUGAAGGACUCCUAUCUAUCGCACUCUCACUCCCCGGUACUGAACGUGACCUCAUCGUCGGGCUCCGGGCUAUCUAUCGGUCAGAUAUCAUCACAAAACGCUUACUAUUCACUGCCUCCCGGAAAGUAUCAGGAGAAUGGGGACACCCUUUCAGACUUUGUCAACCUGGUCUGUCAGGAGGCCCAGAACAAUGGCAACGGACCUCAGGGUCCGGGAAGUGAUAUGGACCCAAACCGAAGCCCCAAACAGAUGUCUAACGUACCACACCAUCAGCCGCACCACCAUUACUACAACACCUCCAUCUCAAUGCUGCCGCCACCCCCGCCCGCACCCAUGGCCCGACCCGUUCCUAUAAUCCGGUCGCCGAUCGAGUCGUGUUCGCCCGAAAUGGGGGUCCAGUCGUCGCCGAGUCCGCCGAUGAGCGCCAGAACACUGCCCAACGGCGCCCACGACAACACAUCCGUGGCCAGUGUUGUCGUACAACACGUGCGCGGAGAUAAUGGUCAAGACAUUAGGGUGUCGUCCCCUCAGACUAGUGUCUCGAUGAAUGUGGGCGUUGGGGACAGUAUAGUGUCGCCCGUCAACAGAUCUGUGGUCAACAGUCCCUUCACUACACUCGGCCGACACGACCACUCAUUCUCUCACGUCUCCCAUCACUCGGUCUCUCAGCUAUUCACGUACCCAUCUAUGAGUCAAGUAAGCGCCAUGUCAGGUGUGAUCAGCCCCACCAACCUGACAAUGUUCACAUCGCCGGUCACUACACCCCGUUCCACACCACGUACAACACCCAUCCCGAGAUGGAAUACCGGUGCCACCAGUUUCAUGCCCUUAGAUGAGAAUCUAGAUUACGGAAUGAUGGCCGGCUUAAUGCCUACCGGUGCUAAUGAUGUCGAUCCGCCACAUAUUAUUGGCGCCGAAGACCGAUUCUUUUCUGUGGUUCACAGUCCCGAUGACGGGACAGUUGGCCCAAACUUAACGCAUGUAAAUACUGGCUCUGGUUCUGGUGGCGGGCCCGGUAGUGUCGGUUCUGGUUCUACACCACCCACACCCACUAAAUCUGUGCCAAACUGAGCGAUCAAUGAAAUAUUCACAAAUGAUACCAUAGUUAUCUGUACCACAAUACCUAUGAUAUCACACACACAAACACACCAUUGAAUUCAAUUCAAUGAAAAUGAAUUUUUCAAAUACCUGUUCAAUGCCUGAAUGUGACUAUAAAUUGACAAAAACAAUGUUAAUUUU